AUGACUGAUUUUUGUUCCAGAUCUCCUAACGAUGAAGAUAAAGAGAAAUACAGUGCUGAACUAGGAAAAAUUUAUACAGAAAUGGAGGAUGCCCAAAUGGCCAAAGCACCUGCACAUGCUGCUUCAAUACUUUUUGGACUUGGUUUUACACCAGAAGAACAGAAACAGCCCACAAGAGAAUUUUCGGGUGGUUGGCGAAUGAGAUUAGCGCUGGCAAAGGCGCUGUUCAUGAGGCCUAACUUGCUUUUGUUGGAUGAACCAACAAAUAUGUUGGACAUGCGAGCAAUUAUUUGGUUAGAAAAUCAUCUUCAGGAAUGGGCUUCUACAAUUGUGAUAGUUUCUCAUGAUCGAAGUUUUUUGAAUACUGUUUGCACGGAUAUUAUACACUUGCAUUCAAAGAGGCUAGAUCAGUAUAAAGGUAAUUAUGCCGUUUUCGAGAAAACAAUGAAAGAAAAACUAACCCAGCAAGAAAGAGAAUAUGAGGCACAGCAGCAGUUCCGUCAGCAUACCCAAGAAUUUAUCGAUAAAUUUCGAUACAAUGCUAAACGAGCAUCGAUGGUUCAAAGUCGUAUCAAAAUGCUUGAGAAACUACCUAUACUUAAACCUGUUGUUCUGGAAGGUGAAGUGAAGUUGAGCUUUCCCGACUGCGAAAUACUAAAUAAUUUGGUGCUGCAAUUAGACGAUGUCUCUUUUAGAUAUACGUCAGUUUCACCAAUUAUAUUUACUAAACUACAAAUUGGCUCAUAUGCGGAUUCACGCAUUUGCAUUGUUGGAGAAAAUGGAUCUGGUAAAACGACACUACUAAAAUUACUUCUUGGCGAAUUAUCGCCAACAAGCGGUUUCCGUAAUGUCAAUCGCCGCUUGAAAAUAGGGUACUUUUCGCAACAUCAUGUUGACCAGCUUGAUAUGGAUAUAUCCGGCAUCGAAGUGCUGGAGAAAAGAUUUCCGGGUAAAAAUCAAGAAGAAUACAGAGCCGCCCUUGGCCGUUUUGGACUCUCUGGUGAUUUAGCGCUGCAAUCGGUCAUAACUCUUUCUGGAGGACAGAAAUCUCGUCUCGCUUUUGCGAGCAUUGCUAUGUCAAACCCUAAUUAUUUGAUUAUGGAUGAACCUACAAACCAUCUGGAUGUAGAAACGGUCGAAGCAUUGGGUAGAGCGCUAAACUCAUUCAAGGGAGGAGUGUUGAUCGUUUCUCAUGACGAGAAACUCAUUGAUAUGGUUUGUAAAGAACUGUGGGUAGUUAAAGAUCGUUGUGUGAUGACACUAGAAGGAGGUCUAGAAGAAUAUAAGAGACAUGUCAUGACGCAACUCGCCCUGUGA